GAAGUGGGGAUUCUAAGCCAGCAUCAGUUGUGGAAUGGAUGGUAGAGAGGCGGCUGGAAUGUAGCUCUGCAGCUCAAGGUUCAGCUAUAUUUAUCCCUGUUUGGCAGAGUUUAGGAUAGAGUCAUCCACCCUUUGAAGGAUCAGGCAAAAAGAUGGCUUUGGUUCCUUAUGACAGCACGGCUCUUUGGGGAAUGCAGAAGUUACAUAAAUCUUCCUCUACAUUCUGUUUUGCCAACCAUACAAUUCACAUUAAGCAGAAUUGGAUGCAGUUGGGUGUAGCUGCUGUGGUGUGGGAUGCGGCGGUAGUUUUGUGCACUUUCCUGGAGACGGGAGGCAUUGAUCUGCAGGGACGCAGGGUGAUUGAGUUAGGAGCUGGGACAGGCCUCCUUGGAAUUGUAGCUGUGUUACUUGGUGCUCAAGUUACAAUCACAGACCGAAAGCCAACAUUACCUUUACUUGAGUCAAAUGUGCAAACUAAUUUACCUGUCAACCUUCAGUCAAGAGCAGCAAUAAAGGAACUUACCUGGGGACAACAUUUGGCAGACUUUUCUCCGGGAGAAUAUGAUAUUAUCUUGGGCGCAGACAUAGUUUAUCUGGAAGAAACAUUUGCAGAUCUUCUUCAAACACUGGAUUAUCUCUGCUCUGAUGAGACUGUGAUCCUGUUAUCAUGCCGCCUCCGUUAUGAGCGGGACCAGAAUUUCCUGAAGAUGCUUAGAGAACGUUUUACAGUGCAUGAAGUGCUCUAUGACCCUGGUAAUGAUGUGCAUAUAUUUAGAGCCCAGAGGCAUGUCCUGUGAUAGAUCUGAUCAUGAAUUCUUGUCAGCUCAUGUCUUCCCUUCUCCUUGCCCCAAUACUUGGAUCAAAAACUUCCAUGCAACAUCUCCCUCCCUCCCUCUCUCUGUUGCAAUGGAAGUACUUUAUGAGUAUAAUGUGAAACUAAUCUAUUUUUUGUUUCCUUAUUUGGAAUUAAGUUGAGUGUCCUAUAAGGACUUCUUGAUUUACUCAUUGUUAAAGAGAAUUAAAGAAAUAAUAAAGAGAAAUAAAAAGAAUUAAAUCAGGUGAGCCAUCAAAGGAUA